CAAUUCUUUGUGCAGAUAAGAAAAGUUGAACUUUUAUAUAUUUUUACAGAGAUGGCUUCAGCUCUUCAUUUCAUUGUGCUCCUCUGUGGACUGUGGAUCGGAGCAGAUGUACUGCAACCAGUCGAGGCGCAACGUGAAACACAAAAAGGUAAUUACUGUGAGACUGUCACCUGCCCUCCUUUUUGGACUCAGUUUGACCGUCGCUGUUUCCUGUUCAGUUAUGCUGAAAAGGACUGGACAGAUGCAGAGCGUUUCUGCAAUUCUCUUGGAGGGAAUCUGGCUUCUCUGCGUAGCCAAAGCGAGUACACCUUCAUCAGAGACCUGAUUUACAAAGCGACUAACUCACAUAAAAACACUUGGGUUGGAGCCUCUGAUCAAGUGAAGGUGAGUGUUUUAAUCAAUAAACCGGAUAUGUUGCAACUGUUUAUUGUUAUUUUUAGGUUAAGUAAUUGCAUCAAAAAUAUAUUUAUCCACCAUUACCAGCUGGCAGUCCAUCUUUAUGGUAAUCUUAAAAUUAAGCACUUAAGCUGAGAUAAGAGACCUGAG